AUGCCACCACUGGUCGAGACUCAAGUCAAGGACGAGCCUGUGUUGGUGUCAAGAGCCAAGCAAGACGAACGACCCCCCACUCCACCCGAGGACCAAGAGCAGCAUCCUGAUUACCGUUACCCCUUGUACCUUGGCAACUGGAAACGCUCCAUUCCCUAUGUCGAUGACGACUUUACACGCGACGACAUGGACGAGCCUCAUCUGAAAAGGAAGCACACCAUUCUUCGAAAGCACCCUGAAGUGGAAAAGUUGUAUGGCACUGAUAUCCGCACGCUCUACGUGGCCAUUGCCAUUAAUGCUAUCCAGCUUGGUCUUGCGUACUACUUUGGCAGAGGUAGCAGUAGUCCGGUGUCAUUAUGGGUGUUUUUGGGAACAGCCUACUUUGUGGGUGCGACUUUGACAGGCAUGAUUGGUGUUAUCAUUCACGAAGCGUGUCAUUGCUUGAUCACCAAGAACAAGAUCCUCAACCGAUAUGUGGGUUUACUCGCCAACAUUUGUCUACCAGUACCUAUCGCACAAUCCUUUCGUCGAUAUCAUAUCCAACAUCAUUCGUGGCAAGGCGUCGAAGGUCUUGACCCAGAUUUGCCUCUUGAAUGGGAAAAGAAAAUGAUCCGUGGCAACGCGUUCACAAAGCUUGUAUGGAUCCUGUUGUAUCCUGUCAUGUACGUCGUCCGAGGUGCAUGCAUGCAAAAUGAUCGUCAACUCACCCUCAGCAAAUGGGAGAUCAUCAACCUUGUAUUUUCCAUCUCCAUGGAUAUUGCUAUUCAACAAGUUUGUGGUUGGCGUGGUCUUGGAUACCUCUUCCUCUCCCUUUGGUUUGGUUAUUCACUCCAUCCCGGUGCUGCCCAUUUCAUCCAGGAACAUUAUACGUUUGAUGAUGGUCAAGAGACAUACUCGUAUUACGGCGUACUCAAUGUCCCCUUUAUGAAUAUUGGAUACCAUAACGAACACCACGACUUUCAAAAGAUUCCGUGGUCAAAGUUGCCUGCCCUCAAGGAUACCGCCAAUGAGUUUUACGAUUCACUUUCUUAUCACACCUCUUGGAUUUACGUUCACUGGAAAUUCAUCUUUGACAAGACCAUGGGACCUCAAUCAAGACUGAUUCGUGGCUAUGAUGAAUUCAAGGCUGGUCGUUCCUUGCUUUCCAAAAUGAAGGCAUUUGAAGAAAAACACAAGUAA